AUGGCUCUGGUGCAAUACUCGGAUUCCGAAUCAGAAGAGGAGUCUCCUCCUAGACCUAUCAAGAAAAUUUGUCCGGCGCCCACACCUGCCUCGUCUCUUCCCCCACUGCCCAAGACAUUCCACGAUCUCUACGCCUCAAGUACUCGUGUCAGCGUAAAAGAUGACCCCAGUCUCCAUGGAGGUCGGAAGCGAGUGAUCCCUCAUAUCGAAGGGAACUGGCCCACGCAUCUUUACCUCGAAUGGUUCCCUUCCAAAGAUGAACUCGCCGUUCUCAGUGACAUCCUCCGCCAGUGCGAAGACAGGCUAGGAAAAAGCAAUAUAGACCUCCACAGUCUAUUGCACAGUGAUCUCGGGGCCCAACUCCCGCUCCAUAUCAGCCUGUCACGACCAGUCGUACUGCGAACGGAGCAGAAGCAGCCAUUCCUGGAGACGUUCACUACCGCUCUCCAGGACUCCCACAUAUCAGCGUUUGACGUCGUCGCCGACAGCCUUCAUUGCGUCUCCAAUUACGAGCAGACGCGCUGGUUCUAUGUCUUGCGCGUGAGAAAGCCGGAACACAACGGUCUCAAUCGUCUCCUGGGGAUCUCGAAUCGCUGUCUGGCUCGAUACGGCCAGCCCCCGCUAUACGAGCCUCCGUCUGGACCGGGCACCGAUCGGGAGUCUAGAGGACCCCGGAAGUCUACGCAUAAAGGGGCAGCGCAGUCUCAGAUGGGCGACUAUUCUGAGUGUUUCCACAUCUCGCUGGCGUGGAGUCUGACUGGUCCCUCUUCCGAAGACCACGACCGGAUCGCACAGAUAGAUCUUCGACGAAUGGCCGGUCUUCGGAUUCCUUUCGAUUGCGUGAAAGCGAAGCUCGGGAAUCAAAUCACCAGCAUCCCAUUGUCGACUGGAAUCUUCGGCCAGCGAGGAUGA